UUACCGGGACGCUCGUUGCAAUGCGAGUCUGAUAAAAUUCUCCUAGGAAAUGGAUUCGGAAACAUUUCUUUAUUUCGCCUAUGCCAGCAAUUUACUAAAAGAACGACUUCAACUUGAAAACCCUAGCGCUACGUUUGUAGCUAUUGGCAAAUUAGAGAAUUACAGAUUCUGUUUUGAUACUAAUGGCGACCCUACAGCAUGUGAAAUGAAAGGGGCCAUGGCUAACAUUGAGCCACAGCCUGGGGCUGAGGUUUGGGGUGUGGUCUGGCGACUGGACAAGGAUGACAUGGACAGUUUGAACAGACAAGAACAUGAACACCAACCCCUCACUGUCAAGGUGAUCUCCCAGGACCAAGGGUUUGAGUGUCACUGCUUCAAGAUGAUUCCUCAAACAGUCAAGACUACUUGGGACAAGCGACCUUCGCCUCAAUACAAAGAAAUCAUACUGCUUGGUGCUCGGCAAUCCGACCUCCCCACGGAAUACACACAUGAGCUGGAGAAAUGGGACGACAACAAUUACCAAGGACAGGUUGACGUCUACGAUCGAGUUAUGAAAAUUAUGCAAAAUUAAUUUUCAAAGAAAAAUAACUGAAGAGGGACAACAACAAACUAAAAAUAAUGCAUACCGUUUAAUAAGAACAAAAUCAAAAUUAAUACAAGCAAUAAAAAUUAAGAAAAAUAUAAUUUGCAUCACAAGUGUCAUUUGUUCUGUUUUUUAAAAUCAUGAAACUGUUAAUAUACAGUAUCAGCACUAUGGCUAAUACAACAGAAUUACCAUAAAACUGCAACUAAUGCUAAACCCAAUUACUAAAACAAGUGUCAACACUAUGGAGCUAAAAUAGAAUUACCAUAGGUUUAAACUUAUGCUGAACCAAUUACUAAAACAGGUGUCAGCACUUUAGAGCUAAAAUAGAAUUACCAUAGGUUUAAACUAAUGCUAAAACCAAUUACUAAACAGGUGUCAGCACUAGAGAGCUAAAAUAGAAAACCAUAAAGUUUAAACUUAUGCUAAAACCAAUUACUAAACAGGUGUCAGCACUAUAGAGCUAAAAUAGAAUUACCAUAAAGUUUAAACUUAUGCUUAAACCAAUUACUAAAACAGGUGUCAGCACUAUAGA